AUGGCUCUCUCCGCCGCUUCCGGUUCCAUGCUGCGCGUUUGUGCUCGCCAGCAGCUGCCCACCACCUCCCGCGCCGCCAUCGCCUCCUGCCAACAACAGAGGGGAGUCGCUUCGUCGUUCGACAGCCCCUUCGGCCCCGCCUCUAAGGAAUCCACCUACAAGAUCCCCGACUUCAGCAAGUACCAGAGCAAGAAGAGUCCUCGCUCGAACCAGGUCUUCUCCUACUUCAUGGCCGGUACCAUGGGUUUGGCUUCCGCUGUCGGCGCCAAGGCUACUGUUCAGGACUUCUUGGUGAACAUGUCCGCCUCCGCUGAUGUCCUGGCCCAGGCCAAGGUUGAGGUUGGCCUUGGUGCCAUCCCCGAGGGCAAGAACGUCAUCAUCAAGUGGCGUGGUAAGCCCGUGUUCAUCCGUCACCGUACCCAGGAUGAAAUCGACGAGGCCAACAAGAUCGAUGUCGCUUCUCUCCGUGACCCCCAGGCCGAUGAGGAGCGUGUGCAGGACCCCAAGUGGCUGGUUAUGCUUGGUGUCUGCACACACCUUGGUUGUGUCCCCAUUGGUGAGGCUGGUGAUUUUGGUGGCUGGUUCUGCCCUUGCCACGGUUCGCACUACGAUAUCUCCGGCCGUAUCAGGAAGGGCCCUGCUCCUCUCAACCUCGAGGUUCCUUCGUACAGCUUCCCCGACGACGAGACCAUGAUCAUCGGUUAA